AUGGCUGCAGAUUUGGGCCGCAAGGAUUUGAAGCCGCAAGACGCCGAGGAGAUUCCCGUCGUGUCGGACGCCGAACUGCGUCCCUGUAGCCAAUGCCUUCAGCCGUUGGGUCCGUUUCGAUACUGGAACCAGGGCUGCAAGAACCUCCACCAAGUUUGCCGCGCCUGCUAUGAAGCGCGAGUAUCAGAGGGCGCGGUUGCCGAGGAAAUCUGCCUGACUUGCGAAAAAAUGGGAGUUAAGAAAAAGGUGGGUGCGGGAACCUCGUCAAGGAAAAAACAUGCACCGAAGGAAAAGAUGCCCAUGGUGACCGUACGGCUGGGCCUGGAUGAUGUCGCGCGAAACCCUGAGUUUGGGCAUACCAUCGGCUAUAAGACGGUACUCAUCAGCGGCAUCGAGCGGAUCCCGGAAGAUGUGCAGCAUGAACAUUGCAAGCAACUCUUCAAAACAGUCGCCCGUCUGCCGUUAAAACAAUUCUUUAAAUGCUAUGGUCACCCGCGGUUCGGCAAGGUCCUUUUGACAAUGCCGACACAAGAAGCUGCCGAAAAAUUCAUUGAACGAUAUAAUGGCACCGUUUUCCCGGGAUAUAGCUACGUUAUGUCCAUGGAGCAUGAGACUUUUGCGAAGGCAACAAAAGCUCGAGUGUCGGCUCAAGAUGUUUUGAGGGAGCUGUUGGGUGGUGGAGCAGAUGUGAAUCAACCAUAUGUAACACUCCAAAGAGAUCGAACUGGCAAGAGCUGCUUCAUCAACUUCACUAGCGCAGCGGCCGCGAAAAAGGUGAUGCUAGCGUUUCACGGCAAGCCCUAUCCAAACGCGGACGGACUCCUUGUCAUUACUUACUUCAAAAGAGGCGGCAAAGAAGACGAAGACUUUGUUCUUGAGCUCAAGGUUGCAGAAAUGGAAAUAUCAGCUGAACCUGAGGCUGAGGCCAACGAGCUUGCAAACGCCGAUACCGUUCCCGAAAUGGCCAUGGCUCCAGAAGCAGCUAUACCGAGAGAGCGCGUUAGAACCCGGCGCGUAAAAUCAGAUGUCAAAAAACUACAGGAUCUUUUCACCUCGUUGGAAGAACAAGGGGCAGAUUUCCGAACCAUGCUGUGCGCGUGGCGGCUACCAAGUCGCUCGGGGGCCCUGCAUAAUUCCGCCUACUGCCCAUCCUUCAGGAAAGUGCUGGAAUGCGAGGCUGGAGAGUUGAUCACACCUUGCGCUGUCAAAAUAAGAUACCAGCAUCUUCACACGGAAGGGGGCUUGAUGAUCUUUAUUUUCGUUCUGGGGAGAGAGUGUCCUGAAAGCCUAACCGGUGACAUCGAGAAAAUUAGAAUCGGUGAAUGUACUCUCAAAUGCGACAAGUUCUGGAUUGGAGACAAUUUGCCGCGACUUAUCAAAGACUUCCGAGACGGAUGGUUGGAAAAAUUGAGGAAAAGUAUUGGCGAUCUAUUACCUAAGGUGUCUAAACUGGCGUUUAAGCGCGGCAGGAUCAUCUGUGUUUGGUGGUUUACGGAGGAGUUCGGUGGACGGCCGCUUGAAGAGAUAUUUGCCAGUGUACUGAACGGACUUGUAUGCAACGAUGACAAUUACCUGGAAUUCGAGCGCUUCGAGAACGGGAAUGAUUCGGUACUUUUCCUGCUGCUUGAUCCGGACGUUGAGCCAAAGACGGUACAGCGGGCCAUCAAGAAAAUACAAAACGGCGAGGACCACUUGAGCUGCAAGAUAUUUAAAAAACCAGCACUCCUACGUCAUGAUUUGGCAUGGAAAAGGAAGACCAAGAGAUCCUGGACUCUACGCGGUCGCCUUCGGGCCCGACGAUUGGCACUACUCCUUGGGUGUAACGUCUUUAGUUCGAGGCCUCGGAAGAAACGGAUAAUCCUUUGGAUGUCUUUUGACUCGGAUAAGCAUCAAGAGGCUCGGAUCAAAAAAUUCGAAACUCGGGAAAUCCCCAAUAACGAAAAAGAUCUACCAUUUGACUACUGCUGCUUCUGCAAUCUGUUCGAUACGGAUGUGGAGAACGCGAGUAAUUGUGUACGGCUGCCAUGUGGUCACCUCUGUUGUGGGAGAUGCAUUCAUUUCAGCUACCCGCUGCGCUACCUUUGCGAAUUGUGCCUACAUUGGGAUAAGGUGGAUUCGCGCCCUUUGAAUGUCAACUUCCGAAAUUAUGGAAUUCUGGCCUUUGAGGAGGAUGUCUUCAACGAGGAGGACAUGAUGACGUGCAGAUUAUGUUUGAAUCGGAGCUUCCAUCUCGUGAGGAAAAUGGACAAGAAGACGUUCUACUGGCUGCCGGACGGAUCGUUGAGCUGCCCAGAAUGUGCCGAUAAUGACUGGGUUCAGGACAUUGUGGAAACUACACGUUUUAUGCCGGCGAUGCGAAAACUAUUUGAUUACGUCCACAACCGUUUCGCUGGAUUACACCUACUAUGGAAGCCUGAACCACGACGCGUGGAGAGUAUUCCAACAAGCCCAGAGCCCACACAUCUGGAAUUUUGCAAGAAGGAUUGGGCGGAGAAGUGGGCUUGCUAUGAGUCAAAGGAAAAAGCCCUAGAGGCUGAGGUCAAAGCAUUGAAGGAAACGUCGAUGACGCGAGAUCAAAAUGCUGCGAACCAGAAACAAGCGAUCGCGCAGCUUCAGCAAGUCAUAGCGAUGUUACAGUUGAAUGACGACGAUAAGAAGCCGGAACAAGCGGAACUCUCU